GGCUAUGCAAUUUUAUCCGAUGAUUGUACUUUUAACAUAAGAGCACACUUUCUAUCUACGAGUGUGGAAACCCGAUCCGCUUCGUUCCUCCCUCAACAAUCCUUGUCAUCGAAAUCCCUCGUAGCGAAGGAAAGGCACGAUGGAAUCGCCGCCGGAGGACGACGUCUGCUCGAUCUGUCACGAUUGGUUCACCCUCCCUUGCCAAGCCAAUUGCUCCCAUUGGUUCUGCGGAAAUUGUAUUUUGCGUGUCUGGCAUCAUGGGUCGGCCCUUCAACCAUGCAAAUGCCCCAUUUGCCGUCGUUUCAUAACUUUGCUUAUACCCACCGAUGCUGCUGCACAAGAAAGGCAAGAUACAGAAGCUAGUCAAAUUCUUGAAAACAUAGAGAAAUAUAACCGAAAUUUUGGUGGAGGCUCAUCCAGCCUUAUACAGAGGUUAAGAGAUCUGCCAUUCUUCAUGCGAAGGCUGUUAAGAGAGUUGAUGGAUCCACAGAGGUCACUGCCUCUUGUAUUCAGGGCACGAAUGAUUUUUGCUAUGGUGAUGAGUGCAAUAUAUGUGCUCAGUCCGGUUGAUAUUAUCCCAGAAGGUAUAUUUGGAUUGGUCGGUCUGCUAGACGAUCUCAUCAUUCUCCUGAUUGUUCUCCUCCACGUUGCUACCAUAUACCGCUCGGUGCUUCUUUAUCGUCAUGGUGGUUCCUGAGUGGGGGUCAUGCGCUGACAAUGGAUCCCCAGAAGAUGGUAUCAUUGCUGCAAUACUGAUUGAGCCGAGGUUCUAUCUCUUCCUGGCUUUCGCAUGCUGCUGCAAGGAUUUUUCCUAGGUACUGUUGUGUAAGUUUUCGCACCGACCACAGUGCAUUUUUAUUUUGCUACUCUAUGUUCAUAGAGUGUGUCAUGAUAGAACAAUAUUAGAAGUGAUUUCAGAUUGUGAAGAGGAUCAUAACCAAACUGUGUGCUACUGUUUUUGGUCGACCAACCAACUUCUCUAGAUUUUCGACGA